GGAAAUAGUCCUACCAAAGUUUUGUCCGUGUACUUAUUAUUGUAUAUGGGAUGACAUUACAUUAAAUAAAUACCAUUGCCUAUGUUCAAGCAAUACAACAUUAGAUGCGGAUGGAAUUCACUGCAUAGCUACAUCAUCGAUGCGUCAAAAAUCGUUUGCCAUAUCGUCAGUGGCUGGUCUUCAAAUAGGUCAAUGGAUAGCCAUCUUCCUUCCAGUUGCCAUUCUAAUAACAUUAGUAACAUGUCUUCUAUUUGUAUAUAAGAGGCGAAACCGAAAAACACAGAGUAAUUUAAUAAGUUUGGAUCGAAUUAUGACCAUUCGCCAGAAUGGAAAUGUAUUUACAAGACACCGAAGAAGACAAACGACAGCAGGUAAUAUAAACCACACUACUGCUGUGAUGCAAUUUAACCCCAACUAUGACGUAGUAAUUGCCAAGUGUCCAGAACAGCAACUUAAAGAGCUUCCAAGACGUCACCUGAAAUUAACAAGUCUGUUGGGCCAUGGAGCUUUUGGAGAAGUGUAUCGAGGAACAUUAGCAACUGGGUGUCAAUUUACCGAAAUUCUGAAAGUGGCUGUGAAGACACUGCCGGCAUUAUGUACAGAUCAGACAGAAUUAGAUUUUCUAAUGGAAGCUGUGAUUCUAAGUAAGUUUAAUCACCCAAAUAUCGUAAAGCUGAUCGGCGUGUGCUUUGAGAGUCAUCCUAGGUAUAUAAUAUUGGAGGUACUGGAAGGCGGAGACUUAAAACUAUUUCUACGAGAGUCAAGACCAACAGCGUCAAGAUGUCCUGAUUUAACGAUAAGAGAUUUACUAGGAUUAUGUCUAGAUAUAGCACGAGCCUGCCACCACUUAGAAGAUAAACAUUUUAUACACAGAGAUAUUGCUGCUAGAAAUUGUUUACUGACCACAAAGGGGCCAUUAAGAAAAGCUAAAAUUGCUGAUUUUGGAAUGGCUAGAGAUAUAUACAGAUCUGACUAUUAUAAAAAGGCGGGAAAGGCUUUACUACCGGUAAAAUGGAUGCCACCAGAAGCAUUUUUAGAUGGCAUUUUUACAGCAAAAACAGACAUAUGGUAA